AACUGGUCUCCAAACCACAGAAAACAUAACUCAGAAAAAUCUUUAAAGAAAGAAAAUUAAUGUCAUGACCCAUCCAACCCCCCAUUGUCUAUACCGAGUCCGGGUCACGGGGUCAGCUGGAGCUCUUCCCAGCUGUGCUAAUUUCAUAACAGCUGUUUGAUAACUGGUAUGUCACAGUUGCCCUCCCAGAUGGUGUGUUUCCUUCCCGUCUUUGUUUAGGUUUCCCAUAUGAAUCUAAUAAACAGGGAUCACUGACUGAAGAUGGAUGAUGGACUCUGCAGACGGGACGGCUGGAAGUACAGCAACUUGUCUUCUGGCACCAGGAAGGUUACUGGUCUCAUCGGGCACAACGUCACUUUGUCCUGCUUCUAUGAGAUCAAAGCUCUCGGGGUCCUUAGUUUCUGCUGGGGACGAGACGAGGUGCCCAAUUCCAAAUGCUCCAAAACCAUCCUCUCCUCCGCGGACGGGGCAGUGUUUUCCAGGCAGUCCCCCAGGUACCAGCUGCUGGGCCCGGAGGCAGAGGGAGAUGUUUCCCUGACCAUCCUGGAUGCUCAGAGGAGUGACGCUGGCGUGUACGGCUGCAGGGUUGAGAUUCCUGGGUGGUUUAAUGAUCAGAAGGUCAACAUACGUCUGAUUAUGGAGGAAGCUCCAGUUGAGCAGCCGGCAACAACAACCUCUACGCAGUUUCCUACUGCAAAAAACGAAAUACUGGAAUCCACACCUAAAAGUACAAAAAUUGAAAAAUUUCAGAGUGAACCAAAUCAGGUUUAUCAGGAAUAUUUUCAUGAAGUGGGUGCUGCCAAGGCCUCAAAGGUCAGUUUUACGGUGGAUGCCUUCCUUAGGAUGUGGAACAUCUGCAGGAUGGCAGUAGUUUUCUUACUCACCAUUACUGUAAUCGUGGCCUUCCUUAUCACUAGGAGUGUCCUAUCCAGGAGGACUCUUCAUGUCAACACCCACACCGUCGAGAAUAUUUACGAAAGCGUCUCGUUUGCUAAGUGAUGCGCAGCAUGAUGCCAACAGAGGGGUUCACAGAUGUCUAUAGGGAACUUUUGAUGCCUGCUCACUUCCGAAUCUCUUCAUUUUCUUUUUUUUUUCAUGAAAUAUUUGAAAUCGUAUCAAUAAUGGAACAAAGAUGAACUAUUUUUACACUAAAGCAGCUUAUAAUUUCACACCGUUCUCAGAUGAGACUGAGAAGUACCGACUGCCAAAUGACUAAUUUGCUCUGAGUUUAUCUCUGUCUGCUUGUCACCAGGAGCUCAGAGCUGGUUCAUACUUGGGUUCAUGGGUACACAGUGCCACCUACUGGAACUAUUGAUCAUUGACCGAACGUAAUCAAUGAGAUACUGUAUGUAACUGUAUGCAACUCCACCCUUCUGAAAAGCUGAGACCAGUAAAUACUAAGCUUCAAAGACACAUUUUGCACAAAUUUAGAGAUCUUUGAAUUAAUCUAUCAUCAGCUUAUUUCACUAUUUAAGAAAAUCAAAAAUCGACAUUAUUCUGAGAUGAUUGACCUUUCCUUUCCCACUACUUUUAGGAUUUGUUCAUCAGCAACUGUGUAACUGUGACAUAGUUUCUGUGUUCUGUGUAUAUUUUUCUAAUGAUUAAUAUAGCAAAGAAAGCAACUUUAAAAAAGGCUAGCGAUGUCACCCCAGAGUCACUGAAUGAAAUGUACAAAUGUAAAUCUGUAUGUUGAAGUUUUAUAACUGAUGGGAGAAAAUCAUUGAUUUUCUAUUAUUAUUUUUAUUGUUAUCAUUUAUUACUUUUUACUCUAAAUCUGCCAUUUUGUAAGUUUGUGCUCAUUACAUAUCACUGUAUAUGAACGAUUAAAUAAAUGUCCCAAAAGCUCACAAUAAACUCUUGUCAAUCUUGAAAACCUGGAAGAGCUUUAAUUUUGUUCCGGUAAAUCUUCUGCAAGCAGAAACGAUGUUCUGUAUUGAUUUCGUUGGAGUAACCACACAUUUGUGGGACUGAAGAGGAAGUUCUGCACUGGAAUACUCAAACUCAGUUGGAAAAUUUUGAUUUGGAGCAGAAGAUACUUCAAUAGUGUAUUAUGUUUGGUUUGUUGAGGCAGGUUAGAAAAUCUAACAAGUUUUCACUUCAGUUUAUUUUCAAGAAUCGGUUUCAGAUGGAGAUCAGGACUGAACGACGGGGAGAAAUGAAACCUAACUUUUGAACAUGUUCCAGUUAAGAGGAAAACCUCCUACAAUCCACCAGAAGCAAGAGAUCGGACCCUCAAUGUUGACAAUUGCUUUCACUUCUAGAGAAUUUAAA